CAGCACACACGAACUAAUUUGGCAAGGUACAAAAUUUCAGAAUUUGCCUCUUAAAAAAGUUAAAUUUGCCAAAAUUCAGAAAUAGAUUUAAUAAAAUUUACAAAGUAAAAGAAAAUUAUAUAAAAUAAUUAGUAUAGUAGUAGAAAGAAGCGUGGCAGAGGCAACAACUAUAGAUAUUAAUGAAAGCAUCAUUUCUCUAAUGGGGCAUAGAUGGUCAAGUCUGAUUUGAUAAUUUCUCAAUAAGUUGGAGAACACUGUUACCACGUCCUCAAAGGAUAAAUCCAGAAUACACAGACCGGAGAACUUCAUAUGUCCAUGAUAGGGUAACAAAUGGUAGAAAGGUAUGUCAUAUGUUCACACAUUUGAGCACUCAAAAAAAAGUCUGUAAAUAUUGUUCAUGCGUCCAAGAACAUGGAAAUGAGCUGCACUGUAAUAAGUCAAGCUGGUCUUUAAUUACAAUAAAAAUGACCUAAUUCAACUAAAAAAAGUCAAAUGUUAAAAUAUUGUUAAAUUUCUUAAUUAUGUUGCUGCAUGCCACAGGAGAAACAUUUCUAUAUUGGUUUGGACCCCAUCCAACGAUACGUAUCACUGAUCCAGAGUUGGCUAAACAAGUGCUAUCGAACAAAUUUGGUUUCUUCCCAAAGGAGACACCAAUUCCUAGCCUACUGGCUUUAUUGGGUAAGGGUUUGCCUCUCACUCAAGGGGCGGAAUGGGCAAGGCACCGGCAUGUUGUCAGUCCUGUUUUUAUAAUGGAUAAGCUCAAGACGAUGACAAAGAAGAUGGCAGCAUGUGCUCAAUCCAUGCUAGAAUGAUGGCAAGAUCAGGCAACUCAAGCUGACGGACAAAGAGAGAUAGAGGUCAGCAGCCAAUUUCAAGAGUUAACAGCAGAUGUAAUCUCCCACAUAGCUUUUGGAAGCAGUUAUGUUGAAGGCAAGGAAGUCUUUCAGGCACAAAAGGAGCUUCAGACACCUGCAGCAGAAAGUCUUCUCAAUGUGAACAUCCCUGGAUACAAAUAUAUUCCUUCUAGGAGGAAUCUGCACAGGUGGAAGCUAGAAAGAAGAGUGAGGAACACACUGAUGCACAUCAUACAGGGCCGAUUAGAUUCGAAGGACUCCAGCUAUGCAAAUGAUCUGCUUGGGUUGAUGAUGGAGUCUUGCAGAUCAAACCCUAAUCAAGAGCGAAUGGGUCAAAUAUUGAGCAUGAAUGAGAUCAUAGAUGAGUGCAAGACAUUCUUCUUUGCUGGACAGGAGACCACCUCCCAUUUGCUUACUUGGACUGUGCUCCUGUUGUGUACCAACCAAGAAUGGCAGGAGAGGCUCAGAGAGGAGGUGCUCAGAGAAUGUGGUAUAGGAAUUCCCAAUGCAGACAUGCUCAGCAAGUUAAAAUUGGUUGCCAUGGUUCUCUUAGAAGCCUUGAGGCUCUAUGGUCCAGCAAUCAUGAUGCAAAGAAUGGCUGCUAAAGAUUUGACUUUAGGAAACCUAGUGAUUCCGAAGGACACCAGACUGGCAAUACCAAUUGCAAUUAUUCAUAGGAAUAAAGAGGUUUGGGGAGCUGAUGCUGAUGAGUUCAAUCCUCUUAGAUACAAGAAUGGGAUAUCAAAAGCUGCCAAGCACCCCAAUGUACUACUUGCAUUCUCGAUAGGACCGAGAGCAUGCAUUGGUCAAAACUUUGCAAUGUUGGAAGCGAAAUCCGUGAUCGCCAUGAUCCUCCAGAGGUUCUCAUUAUCUCUCUCCAACUAUAUACAUGCACCAGCGGACAUGCUUACCCUUCAGCCGCAGUAUGGGCUUCCUAUACUUCUAAGACCCUUGAAUGUCUGAAACACCCAUUCCAUUAUUAGCAUAGUUAUCUCUGUGUAUGUGAUUGUGCCAUGUCAUAUUACUGUCUCAUUGCUAUCUUCCAUCGAAGCUUGGUCUUGAUUUUUUUUUGGCUUGUUAAUGUUUUAAGAUCUCUGAUGUGUGCAAGAGACACUCAGCUAUCAUUAGCUCACUUCUCUAUAUGUAUAUGAGUGUACUAUGUAAAGUUACUAUCUUCCAUGAGAACUUGGUCUUGAUAAAUCUA